CACCGUGUUGUGACACCGUCACGCGCUCGGAGAGUGUCUCCGCUGUCGUGAAAUGCCAGAGCUGUGUUUUUAAGGCGAAUCGUUGCGGUUGAACGCGUCCAGAAAGGGACAGAAGUGAUAUUUUCUGCCGCGCACUUUGGCCUGCUGCGACAGGCUGCGAGCGGAGAGUCGGUGAGCGCUGUAUCGCGGGGAUGAUGAGGUUUGAAGGUAGCUGAAGGAUAGAUAUAAUGUCUCCGUGGGACUGGAUGGUCUCUCUGAGAGUGAGAGAGAGGGUCUGUGGGCCACAGAUCAGCCCUGAAGACUACUGCUGAUCUUCAUCACCGUGUUUCGCUCUCUGCGUUUGUAGGGUGCAGUCAGAGGCUAUGAGCAGCAGCGAGUGUUUUGGUUGCGGCCGUACGGGCCACUGGAUCAAGAACUGUCCGAACGCUGGCCGUGGCCGUGGGAAGGGCCGUGGCAGAGGGAAAGAUCUCUUCUGCUAUCGCUGUGGAGAACCAGGCCACGUUGCGAGGGACUGUGAGAGGACUGAGGAUGCGUGCUACAACUGUGGCAGGGGUGGCCACAUCUCCAGGGACUGCAAGGAGCCCAAGAAGGAGCGCGAGCAGGUGUGCUACAACUGUGGUAAAGCUGGACACAUGGCGCGCGACUGCGACCACGCCAACGAGCAGAAGUGCUACUCCUGCGGCGGCUUCGGACACAUCCAGAAGGGCUGUGAGAAAGUCAAGUGCUACAGGUGCGGAGAGAUCGGACACGUCGCCGUACAGUGCAGCAAGGCCAGCGAAGUCAACUGCUACAACUGCGGGAAAUCUGGUCAUGUGGCCAAAGAGUGCACCAUCGAGGCCACCGCUUAGUCCCGUCUCCUCGUUCGCCCCUCCUUUUUCUGAUUGAUGGUUGUAUUAUUUUCUCUGAAUCCUCUUCACUGGCCAACGGUUGGCAGAUAGAGGCUAUUCCCAGGCCAGUGAGCUCUUGACAUGUAAAAGGAGGAAAGGGGUGGAAAAAAAACUUUCCACUUUCUGCAUUUAAUACAAAAAAAAUGUUUAUGUUUAGUUUGGUAGAGGUGUUAUGUAUAAUGCUUUGUUAAAGAACCCCCUUUCCAUGCCACUGGUGAACAGGGAUGUGUGAGAUGUGUUGAGUGGAAGAGCGUUUGUCAAGUAGGCCUCUAGAGGCUCGUGGACCUCGGAGAGAAAAGAAAAAAAAGAUGGUGAAAAAGAACCAUACAGAGAUCAGGGAAGCGCUCGCUUCUGAAUGAUUUGCAUUUUUUGUUUUAGAGGUGAGACUGAGGUAGCCUACGAGUGAUUGACCUGGAAAAGCAGCACAGGACACAUACGGUCGGGUCUAUCCAGGCCAAACCAGCAGCACGCAGCUAUGUGGAGAAAACAACAAAAUACAGAACCUGUAAUGUAACGCAAAACAACUUUAUAGCAUAUUCUGGAAACCUUGAGUAAUAACAGUGUCAGAAAAUGACAUCCUGUGUAAAACACGGGCUGUUUUUGAUCAUUUCGAGACGGCCAUGAUCCCAAGCGAUACGGACGGACGGAGUUCAGGUCGCUCUACCCAAGGUGGAAACUUCAAUGAAAUAACAAUAAAAGAAGAAGAAAAACACAAAAAAAGGUCAUAAAACAGAUUAGGAGUCGUAAGAAAGGUGAAUGUUUUCACAGAAAUCAAAAUGUUAUUUUUGUACAAUAUCACUUAGACUACUCUAAAAAUUAUAAUAAUAAUAAUAAAAAAAACUAUCAUUUGCUUGUACUCUGUUUUUAAGUCGGAAGGUAAAUGCAAUUGAAGUUCUAGGACAUAGAAAUGUAAUUUUAAACUAUCAAUAAAUCUGGAGGAGGAAGGGGUUAAA